AUGGUCCCCCGUCGUCGGUUCAGUCGUCGCCUGCUAGCCGUCGCAGCCGCCCUCACCGUCUUCUUCUUCUACCACUUCCUCUCCUCCGACCCCAAUCGCCCGUGGCGACCGCAUUUCACAACCACCGACAUCACCCCCGACCUCGACGAAAAUGGCGAGCCUGCCCCCUUCUGUCCGCCCUUACCCGGCAUCGAAGAUGUUCUCGUGGUCAUGAAGACCGGAGUCACAGAAUCGCGAGAGAAGGUCCCAGUCCACUUCCAAACCACCCUGCGCUGCAUCCCUCACUACGUCAUCUACUCUGAUUUCGAAGAAGAGAUCGAAGGCGUCAAAAUCCACGAUGUCCUACGCGACAUGGACAGUGCCGCGAAGAAGAACCCAGACUUCGAAUUCUACAACCGCAUCGUCAAAUACGGCCGCAAGGGUCUGGAGCAGCAAGACUUCGCAGACGAAGCAAACUCCGCUAUCGGAAAACCAAACAACCCAGGCUGGAAACUGGAUAAAUGGAAGUUCCUCCCGAUGGCUCAGGAGGCGCUGCACCACAAGCCCAACGCGAAAUGGUACGUUUUCAUCGAAGCAGACACCUACGUCUCAUGGCCCACCAUCCUCAAUUGGCUGGCGCGCUUCGACCAUACAAAACCACAGUAUCUGGGUACGGAGACGCAGAUUGCAGAUGUGGUCUUCGCGCACGGUGGCUCGGGCUUCAUGCUCUCGAACCCCGCUCUGCAGCGCGCUUCAGACGAAUACUCGUCCCGCGAAGUCGAGCUGAACGCGUACACGGACGGCCACUGGGCUGGUGACUGUGUGCUCGGCAAGGUCCUCGCGGAUGCAGGUGUUAAUCUGCACUUUACGUGGCCGAUCCUGCAGAACUCUAAUAUCGGUGAGCUGGACGAGUUCACAGUAGACUUCUACCGGCAUCCGUGGUGCUUUAUUGCCGUCGCUCUUCACCACCUCUCUCCAAUAGAUAUUCAGAAUCUCUGGAAAUUUGAACAAAAGCGCUGGCGUGAUGUGAGUACCAACCCUCUCUCCCAAUCUCCCAAUAUCACGCAAAUAAUUAACCCCGGUCCACCACAGAAAAACAAACGAGUCCUCCUCCACGGCGACCUCUUCCGCGAAUACAUCUACCAAGAAAUCGCAACCCAACCCACCCGUCUAAACUGGGAUAACCUAGCAGCCGACGAACAACCCUUCGCGCACUCCUUCGAAGACUGUCGUAUAAUCUGCGACGCACAUAAGACAUGCGCGCAAUUCGUCUUCCGCGACAAUGCCUGCUUCACAAGCUCGAACCCGCGUCUUGGAAACGCCGUUCCCAGCGGCGGUGACGCGACUUCCGGCUGGAUCACGGGUCGGAUCCGUGAUCUUACGGAGAAGAAAGGUCUGUGCCGGAAACCCGAGUACGGGGACUAA